UUUAUGUUCAAACCACCACUACCAAACCAAAGAUUAUCAAGUAAAGCCUUAGAUUAACCAAUGAUUCAUGUUAGAAGCAUAGGAUCAAGCCAAAGUAAUCGUCUUAACAGAACUUCCAGUGGUUCUCGUCAUAGACCUGGAUCUAGUUAAAGAUCUUUAAGUUUUUCAAAAACAGAUCUACAUUCAAAAUAUGGAGUACCAUUAGUUACAGCUCAAAAUUUUGUAGUAAUGAAUGGAAAUGAUGGUAUAAAUUUGGCAGUAAUUCAAUUAAAUAAUUAAGAGAGUUUUAAUUCAAAAAAAAGAGUCUAAGUUGCUUCACUUACAAAGUUGAUGACAUGUUAUGUAGCCAUCUAAUUAAUUAGAGAUCUAAAGAUUAAUAUAUAUUAGAUAAUGUAUGUUAGUUAUGAUGUAUAUAUUUUAACAUUUAAGGCUGUUUAAAUAUCGGGAACUUCAGCAUUUUUACGUCCUUAUGAUAGAAUUACUUUAUAUGAUUUGUUACAUGGAUUAAUGUUGCCAUCUGGAAAUGAUGCUGCUAAUGUAAUCGCUGAAAACUUAUCAUCAUUUAUUAAAGACCCAGUUUCUAAUAUUGCUUUAUAAUACAGAAUAUAGCCUUUUAUUUCAUUAAUGAAUUAAUAUGCACUUUUAUUAGAUAUGAAUGAUACUUAAUUCUACAAUCCACAUGGUAAAUUAAUUCAAUAUUUUUAGGAUUAUCAAAUGAUCAAUCCUUUUCUUGUGCUGAAGAUUUGGCCAUCCUAUGUAAAUAAAUUAUAAAUGAUCCAUUGUUAAUGGACAUAGUGAAUAAAAAAGAACAUUAAGCAACUAUUUAGAGAAAUGUAAAUAUAUAUGAUUUUUUAGAAUAAACUUAUAAAAUUGACUUGGGAAAAUACUAAUAAGAUGUUAGAAUUUGAUGGAUAUUGUGGAUUCAAAACUGGAUUUACAAAUAAGGCUGGUCCAUGUCUUGCUACAUUAUUUAAAAAAGAUACAAUUUGUAUUAUAAUAAUUAUUUUGAAUUGUCUAUCUAAAGAAGUUCGGUAUUAAAUAUAUAUUAUAAAUAGAUGGGAUGAUACAAUAAAAUUGUCAAAUUGGGCUUAAAGAAAGUUAAGUAUUGAUUGA